UACGGCGCGGCAGUCCCCCGAGCUGGGCCGAUUAGUAACGAACACUGUCAGCUGCCCUCUCCGACACCAGUGUGAAGAGUGCGUGUGUGUCUGUGUUAUGUCAGGCGCUGCAGCCCUAGCCCGGUACCUCUAGCGAACACAACAUCCACCCCAUCGGUUGUACCAAUACCAGAUCGACUAUUUUUGCCAAACCAUGGAGUCGAGGGCAAACGCCACUUUCCAGCCGAUGGAUCUGCAUGUAGCUUGACGCCACUCUAAGAGGGUCGUGCGUCGCUUGAUUGCUCUGGAAAGAUGUCCUAAUAUGGGUUACACUGCCGGGCUGCUGCUAGCGGCUGUGUGUAUCGGGUGGUGUGUGGUUGUCUCCGCAUCACCCACAGCAGACAUAUUUGAAAAUGGAAGAUCUGACAAGGAGAUCCUAGACAACCUCCUCAAGCAGACAAGAUACGACAAGAGGUUAUUGCCUCCAGUCACAGGGACAUUAACUGUGAACAUGAGCGUCCUACUACUCAGUCUGGCAUCGCCAGAUGAGUCCAGUUUGAAAUACGAAGUUGAAUUUCUACUUCAGCAGCAGUGGUUUGACCCACGGCUCCGUUACUAUAAUCAAAGUCGUUACCCCUUUCUGAACGCUAUUCACCAUCAUGAGAGCAUCUGGCUACCAGAUACAUAUUUCAUAAUGCAUGGAGACUUCAAGGAUCCCCUGAUACCUGUGCACUUUGCGCUGCGCAUCUACCAGAAUGGCUCCGUUAGUUACCUAAUGAGGAGACAUUUAAUACUCUCGUGUCAGGGCUCACUCAACAUCUUUCCUUUUGAUGAUCCUCAAUGUUCUUUUGCAAUGGAGAGUAUAUCAUAUGACCUAUCAGCCAUUACUUACGUGUGGAAGAAUGACGAGGCAACGUUGCGCAAGAGCCCAUCACUGACAACCCUCAAUGCCUACCUGAUCAAGAACCAGACGAUCCCUUGUCCAACCAAGGCCAGCUGGCGAGACGACUCUGACUCUAGUUGGGCCGAACAAGACGACAUUUGCUCACUCUGCCAACGACGCUUCGAGGAACAAGGCAACUACAGCUGCCUGAAAGUGGAUCUCAUCUUCACGAGAGAUCGAGCCUUCUACUUCACUACAGUUUUUAUACCAGGCAUUAUUCUGGUAACUUCUUCGUUCAUCACUUUUUGGUUAGAAUGGAACGCCGUUCCAGCUAGAGUUAUGAUAGGUGUAACAACGAUGCUCAACUUUUUCACAACCUCCAAUGGUUUUCGCUCUACUCUGCCGGUGGUCUCCAACCUGACAGCGAUGAACGUCUGGGACGGUGUCUGCAUGUGUUUCAUUUACGCGAGCCUCCUUGAGUUCGUCUGUGUCAACUAUGUUGGCCGCAAGCGCCCUCUACACAAUGUCGUGUACAGGCCUGGGGAGAAUCCAGUCACACAGAUAUCGGCAGCAGACUUGCAUUUAUCCUCAAACAGGCCACUUGCACAAUCAGACAUGCUACAUGGUGACAAGAAAGGAGAGACAGGAGGUCCCAACGAGAUAGUCACCUGUACCAACUGUGGUCCUAACCCUUGUACCCACACAACCAAUAACGGGUGCGCCACAGAGAACUGUCUACCAGGAGCCCCACCAGGCAUGCCAGCUCAGGUGCGGAAAAAGGAACCUCCUCACCCAAUUCGUGUGGCCAAGACCAUUGAUGUGAUUGCACGUAUCACGUUCCCGACUGCUUAUGCUGUAUUCCUCAUCUUCUUUUUCUUCCAUUACAAAGGCGCGUAAUCUCAGGACUUCGAGGCUCUCUCACAGGAAGUUUUGCCCAUUAUCAUACUAUGAGGAUUACUCAGCAGAGAUUUUAAUAUGAUUUGCUUCUAUAGAGUUCUUAAUUUUGGUACCACCAAAUUCUAUAUGGAAACUGUCAAAUCAAGUGAAAAUAUGUUAUAAAUAUUAUUGUAUAUUAUUUUAUGAAUUAUAUAUUCUUUUGUGUAGUGCUGUAGCACAGAAUGCUAUAAGCAUGUAUUAAGAUGCUAAGUUUUAACUGUAAUUCUGUACUUAUAUUUGAUACUUUAAUCACUCUUUUUUCAUUGUAUUUGUCUUUGCAAAAAAGGUAGUUAAGUUUAUUAGAAUUUUAGUUGUUCCUGUCCUAAGCAAACAAAUUUUAUAAAAGCAACUUACAUUUGAUAUGAAGUUUUGAAUUUAGUACAAUAAUUGCUGAGAAUCCAGUAAGACUUUGGUAGAACCUUUCAUAAUCAUUUCAGUUUUGUUUUUCAACACAGAAUAAGAAUAAUUAAAAGGAUGUAUUGUUUUCUUUUCAUUUUACUGUGUUAAUACAAUAAAUCAAACAAACUAGAACAAUAACCAUAUAUAACCAUGACAGAUAAUAUAAUGUAAUACUAAAAGGAAACCAAUAUCUACCAACAGUAACUUAAAUGUUUUAUGUUAUCAUUCUCUGACUAAUAUCUUUUUAAGUAUAUAAAUAUUUAAUCCAGUAUUUCAUAAAACUCUUCUCAAAACAUUUCCUGAAUAAGCAAGUCCAUGGCAGCUUAACUCUGUCUCUUAAGAUAUUGAGUACUGGUGUUAUUUAUUACAGUAUACUUAUUAAUAAAACUAACUUUUAUUUAUAUAUUAUAUAUAUAUUAUAUAUAUAUAUAUAUAUAUAUAAAAAAGGAAGUUCCUUAUUAAAUAUACAAAGAUAUUGUUUAAUUGAAAACCGUUUUUGGUGUAAUAUCUAAGAUUUUAAUUGAUUGGCAAUACAAAACAUAAAAACAUUAUUUUAUUUUCAUUGGAUCUAAUUCAAAUUAAAAUUGUCAUUGAGCUGGUUUAAAAAACUACUCUAUCUGGAUAUUGAAUCCUUUAGGUAUAUUUAUACAUAUCAACUUUGUUGAGGUUUUAAAAUAGUUUUUUUCCUUUGAGUUUAAAAUAUUUUAAAGAAAUUACAGUAAUUCUGUUCUAGCUCAGCACCCUUAAUGUGUGGUUAAGUGUCUCAAAUUCAAUUAAUUAUAUAAUUGAUACAAAUAUUGCCGGAUUAUAUAAACUACACUAUUGUAAUAAAUGAUUUUUGUAACAAAUUUGCAUACAAUUAAUGUUAGAUUCUAUCAAAAUCUGUUUCAUCAUCUCCUGAUUUUUAAAUGGUUUAAAACUCUCAUAAUAGUACUUAAUGUUACAAAAAUUCUCAACUCUAAAUCUCAAGAUGAAUAAAGUUGUAUUUUACAAAAUAAAUAGUUACACUUUAAAUUAGUUGUUGUAAGGAUUAAAAACAAAAUAUAUAGCACCAGUUUUCAUUUUGUUACGGUAUUCUCCUUUUUCCUUAUCACCGUAAAGUUGUCUGUGGAGAGCUUGAAGUCCUGUUGUUCCAUCUCCACAGUGUUGGUAGUUUCACAUUUUCACCGCAAAGCAACGCAGUGUUAUCUCAUUCAUCGCCUACCGCAGCAAUACACGUACGUACAGUACAUAGGCAACGUACGGAACUGUGCGUGUGCGAGUGCGUGACAGACUUUCGUGCAUAUUUCAUCUAGACUAAGGACUUUGUCAUACUUUACUUACGGCUUUAUUAAAUAAUAGUGUUAUAAAGUUAGAGUAAUGUAACAGAUCAUGGAGAAACAGGGCAGAUGCUAUUAAACCAGAGUAGCAGACUGUUAUGUAACCUGCUAAUGGUAUUUAUGUUUAUUGUUAUCCAGAACACCUUUGGUUUGAAAAUGUUUCAUGGUAAAAAUAACAAAUUCGGUAGCCAUUAUGUUCUUCACAAUCAAAUAUCUAUUUAAAAUUUGAAACCCAAGACGAUAAAGAAUAGAUCAGAUCUGAUAGAAUAUCAUAAUAUUGCAAAAGUGUAGUGUAAAACAGAAGUGGGAGAAUAGUAUUUAGAAUUAUUUCUUUAUUUAAUAUUGUUUGAAUGUUCUUGAUUAACCAGUAAAAUUGUGCAAUCACAACUAAAAUGGUAAUUAGAUUUGUUAGACAUUUUCAAAAAUAUUGUAUGUGUUCAAAACUAAAGUUUCUUCUUCAGGUCGUGUUUUCCAUAGAUUAGAAUGCUGGCUUCAUGAUGGGAUUGUCGAAAAGUUAAAAUAUGACUUUUGAGAUACAUUGUGCAGACUACACACAUAAAUAAAAACAAACCAGAGAGUAGCAUUUGACAAAAUGGCAAGCAUGCCACAUAUGAAACCAUGAUCAAGAUCUGGGCAGAAAACCAUGGAUAUACUUAAGAUUGCAAACUUAUGCCCCUCUUGCUUUACUUCCUGGUGUGUUUUUAUUAAAUGGGCUGUUUUUAAUCAUUACUUUUCUGUUUAUACUAUUAUGACACCUGUUGGCCAUAUUAAAUGUUGAUUUUAGGUUUAUAUCUCAACUAUCCAGUACUUUACAAAGACCACAUUGUGUGGUUUCAGUAUAUUUGACAAAUCAACACUUUAAUUUUGGCUCACACUCCUGUUUGUGAGUAUUUAUUGCAACUGUUGUGUGUUGACGUACCUUUUCUUUAACAUGGUUUGUUUUAGCAAACAGCUAUAGCAGUAGUAUAUUUUAGAGUAUUGAAUUCGUUGUUACAAUUGUGAACACUUAAAGACACGUAAAACUGUAGAUCAUCGAGUUUCAGGUAGCCAAAAUUAAACUAAUUUUAAUUGAAGUUAUAACAAUUCAUUUAAAACUGGAAUUAAAUGACAUCGCCCUUACCUAAAAGCAACAAUUCUCAUCUCUAAGGUGCUUUUGUGGAAAAUAUGGCAUGAAGAAAAAUGCAUAAUCCAGAAGUUUUAAUUGCAAGAAGGCCCAAAAACUUGUUAUGUUUUUAUAGAAAUAUGAUACAUCUAAACAUUUCAAAUAAUGAAUCAAACUUGAUUGAUUAAAAUAAAAUUAUUCAGCUUUUAUUACAUCUUCAACAUAACCCUGGGUUGCAAGAAUAUCUUAUUAUCAGGUGAUGCCAGCUGUGAUGAUAAAGACAGUGAAUAAAUAUGGAAAUAGAGAUCCUACUACUGUUUGCUCAGUUAGUUAUCAUGGUUACAUGUGCUAUAAACCUUCAACAUGUUUGUUUUCUACUGUGUCAUUCAUUUUUUUUUUUUGCUGCAUAAUCUGAAUUGUGUGUCUAAAGUGUUGUUUGUUUCAUAUUUCAAUAUUUUAAUAAUUCUGUUGUGGAGCCAACAUUUUCAAGUUUUAAAACAUGAAGUGAAAUCAUAAAAACGGUUUGUUUGUUGGACAGGGUAAAGUAGUAUUUCUGGUCUAGUAUCAAAGUGAUAGUGUGUGUAAAAGUAAAGCACAUUCCAUAAUAAGUAAUAUUACUAUAUAAGGUAGUACGUUAAUAAAAACUAAAUUAAAGUAUUGGUGUACUACUUUUUGCAGGGUUUCAAAAGUUUUUAAAGGACAUUCUCAUUUAAAAUUAAACUCUUAUACAAUCAAAUAUUUAAACCAAUCACCUGGUUGUCUGAUGAUUUUGUUGCAUCGUAGUGUUGUAGAAUAGCUUUAGACCGUAAUGUAAAUAGAUUUUGUUCUGAUUCCCCACACGAUUUGUUAAUUUCUUAAAUCUGUUUUUUACUAUAACCUAACUAUCACAAAGUUUACUUACUCUAUCUAGCAAGGAGUUUUAUCCAAAGUUAUAUUUUCAUGGAUUGUGUGCACAAUGGCCUAUUGCAAAAUUUUAAAAUGAACUGCAAGAGCUUACUCUAUUUUUCAACCAAAUAUUUGAGUCUACACUUAAUUAAACCAGUUCCAGUGAAUUAAAGUAUCAAUGAAGAAAGUGAAGUUUUUGUUCAUUCUCUGUACUUAUUUAUUGGCAAUAAGAUUAAGGUAAUAAUGAAAUCCAAAAUUAAUUUUACCUUGUAUCUUUGUAAUUUCUAAAUUUAAAAAAAGUAAGGGUUUGUAAUGAUUCUUUUCAAAAAAGAUUCUUGUGGAGAUGUAACUAGGGUACAGCACCUACAAUAAAUAUAAUAUUCAUAGUUUUGAUUAAUUAUUUGUUUUAUAACACAUUCCUAAGUUAAUACAUUAAAAUUACUAGAAUCACUCUAUGUUAUCGUAAAACAUGUUAUUUUUAAUUUCAACUUGUGAUACAUUUUAUUCAAAGUUACCAAGAUUUAUACAAAAGUAAUUAAAAGUAGCAAAUAUGAUGAAGUACAAAUUUAGUGAAAAUCUAUUGUUGUUUUUUAAAUGUAAGUAUUAUUUGUUAUAUGCAGUAUUGUCUGUAUACAAUCUGUUAAGGUUGUGUUUUCAUUGUCUUUAGGUUUAUUUGAGAUUUAUUACGGUUUAUACUUUGGAGAGGAUGUCUGGUCAUGAUGCCAGCCUAAGUAUGAAGGUCUUAUUAAUCAUUAGUUCUUCAAAAUAUAUUGAAGUUAAUGACUGUUCCUACAUAAUUGCUUUACAUAUUGAUGAUAAGUAACAUAUUAAUGAUUUAAAGUUGUUCUAUAAUUAAUUACAUUUCCAAAUGGAAGAUAGUUUGGUGUUAAACUGAUUUUUUUUAAAGCCAAAUUAAAUUAAACUAAUAGUUUUUAGCAUUAGUAGUAGUAGCAGGAAAUUUUCUUUUCAAAAAGGUGUGGAUACUUUGGGAUGUUAGUUAGUUGUCAUGAAGUAAAAAAAAUAAGCAACUUCAAUGGUUAGUCAUUGAAUACACCAUUUACCAUUGGAUUUUCACCCAAAUUUUAAGUUUAUCUUUCAUGCCAUUGCAAAACAAAACUUGCAAAAUUUUCAUUGAUUUAUUAUGUGCUUGGAACAACCACAUUGAACACAUUGUUAAACACACACUACAUGCAUUACAUGUAUUACUAUCACUACAUGCAACUAUGACAAAUUAUUAGCCCAUAUUAAAAAGUGGUCAUGUUUCACUUUUGUAAUAAGUGAUUGGUUGAAGUCCAGCAACAAAAAUUAAACUGGAAUGGAAUAUUUUGUAAAAACUAGUAAUAAUUGCUAGUAAUUUAUCUCUUUAAUAAUCUAUUGAUCAUUUUUUAAAUGUUUUGAGGAAAGGGAAGCAGUUUAGGUUUACUUUAGUGGCGAGAGGUUUGCCUCUAGUAUAACAUGAGGAAACUAUGCUAAUUCGGAUUCAUGUAUAUUUUUUAAACUUUAGGGAAAAUUGUAAAUUUCUGCUGGUUUCAAAAUGGUUGGCCCUAACUAAACUAUUUUGGACGGAAAUUCUCUAUCUAAAGAGCUUUAUAAAUUGAAACAAGCGUUGAAAAUUAUCAUUUUAACGUUUUGCUCUUCUUAAAGUCAAUUUAUUAGUACAUUUUAACAAAUAUGUACUUUUGUCAUAUAAAAAAUAGGUGUUCUUUUGUAACUUUUGGUUUUGUGAAACCAAGCAUCAAACUGCAAUUAGUUUUUAAUUCAGUGAUGUACACUUGUUUGAUCAAAUAUGCCCCGACAUAUAAACUUUUACAGAAAGAGUUCAAAUGUUUAUUUGAAUUAAAUUAUAUGUUGUCAUCUGUGGUUCCAACUUCGUUUACAGUUUUGCUAUCAAAUAGUUCUCUCAAGCUCUGAUAAUCAGCAACUGUAAAUAUAUUAUUUAUGGACAUAAACCUUUUACAGAAUUAUAUAUUUUGCUGAUGAGAUCUUGAAUUUUUGGACUGCUUUGUCAAACUAGAGAUUAAUAUUUGUUAAUGUUUUAUGUACUUAAAGGUUUAUCAUAGUUUUAAGAAAGACGUACUGUUUGUAGGGUUGUUGGUUGUUUUCAAUGUUUCCUGCUCCAACAUUUAAUAAAUGUAAAAGCUGUUUGAUGUAAGUAGAUCUACAGUAAGCAAAAUUACAUCUUGAAACAUGUCUUCAAAAAUAUUUUAUAUUUUUAAUAUACAUAAUUAUUUAUUGUUUUCAUAAACACAGGCACUUGUGUGCGCUACUUUUGUGAUUUAAGGUUUUUAAACCUUUACUAACUCAAUGUGAUAAAUGUAUUAAAUACAAGUAAAUAUUGUUGUUUAUGCAUACAAGUUUAAUGUAUAUUACAGCCUCUUAAGCUGUUGACUUGCAAGAUUGUUUAUUGUGAUCAUUGUUGUCUAUGUAUGAUUUGUUCAGGACAUAAAUUUCAGUGUUGAUGGAAAUCCAUGUUACCUGUUAAGUGUUAUAGUUUAUGUUCAAUUUUAAAUACAAUAAUAAUAAUAAAA